AGUGCGUGACCUUAGCAGUAUAGUAAGUAUAUAUAUGGGCACUGGGUCAUGUCACAGUAUAGUCGUGUACCAGAUACCCUAGUGACAACAUGAAACUCCUGCUUAUCUCUUGCCUAGUGGCGUUCGCUGCCGCCGACGUGUCUCACAUCGUUGGACACAACGAGCGUAACGCUAACAUUUUGAAUCAAAAUUUCGACGUGGGAGUAGAAGGGCAGUAUCAGUGGGCGAUUGAAACUGAUAAUGGGAUAUCUGCGCAAGCUAAGGGCGCUUUGAACAACCCACAAGCCGAGAACCCAUCCCAGAUAGUGCAAGGCCAGGCGCAAUGGAAAUCCCCCGAGGGUGAGGUGGUGCAAUUCGCGUACACGGCCGACGAGAACGGCUAUCAAGUGCAGGGCUCCCACGUGCCAACCCCACCCCCAGUACCAGAGGCCAUUAUCCGCUCGUUGGAAUACAUCAGAGCUCACCCACCAAAACCCGAAGCUUGAUAACCGCCUAUUUCCCUUAACCCACUUAAUAUUAACGGAAAUAUUCAUUCCACUCAAAUAAUUACUCAAAAAUUGAAUUCUCAAAUGGUACUCAAAGUUGAGUAACUCAAGUUUAGUUUAACUCAAAGUCGAGUAACUCAAUUUUUUUGAGUGUCGGUUGAGGAUUUAGUAUUGUCACCAAUGUUGUCAUUCUAAGUGUUAUUAUAAGUGUAUAGUGUUAUUUUUAUAUACUUUUAUAAAAAUAUUAAUUAUUUAAAAAAUGCUGUCGUUUUAUUGAACACCUCGAUUAUGA